AUGAUAUCAUUUGAUAAAAUAUUAGAAGAGAAGAUUGGAUCAGGAAUAUACUAAAUUAGAACAAUUAGCAUUAUUGGAUUAAUAGAGUUUUGUGAUGGAAUAGAAUAUGUUUUUAUGUCCAUUUUGAUGGCAAUAUUAUAAAAGGAAUGGUAAUUAUCAUAAACUCAAAUUGCAACAUUGGGAUCUUCUUUUCUUGGUGGAGUAGUUAUAGGAAAUUGCAUUUGUGUUUAUAUUACAGAUAAAAUUGGUAGAAAAACAUCAUUUUCAAUAUUUGCAGGACUUUCAGUGAUGUUAGUAUAUUAUACUAGUUUUGUUGAGUCUUAUAAUGAAUUAAUCAUUCUUAGAUUACUAUUUGGUAUAGUAUUUGGAACAACAAGUCCAUUAGGAUAUGUAUUUAUAACUGAAGUUGCAGUUGCUAAAUAUAGAGGUAGAUUUGCAUUUUCAUUGACAUUAAUGUAUGUUGCAGGUAAAGCCUAUUUAAUAUUUUUGUGUUUUUUCUUUCUUGAUGAUUAUACAAAUGGAAAUUGGAGAGGAUUAAUAAGAUUUAAUGGAAUACCAGUUUUAUUAUGUUUUAUAUUAUCAAUUAUAUAUUUGAAAGAGACUAUUAGAUAUUAUUUAAAUAAAGGUUAGUAUACAGUUGCAUUCCAAGAGAUUGAGGAAGUAUAAAAAUAAAAUAAUAAUUAAUAAGAACCAUUAAAUAAAAGUGAAAAGGAUGGAUUAAUAGCUUGGCAGUUGA